AUGCCCUCCCUGUUUGAGCCUAUUAGCAAGAAUUUGGUCAAAGAGCUUGGAGACAAAGACCUGAGGCCUGUCAAAUACCUGUUGAGCACCAACAAAUUCCGUCAGCUGGCGCUAUUAUAGAAGAAGAAGGGGACGCACGCACAGUUCUGGGGACAGCCUGCUGUUCCAGUAGAAUACCUCACGGAUAUCCUGGAGCCAAGUUCUUCAGUCCCAGGUUUCAAGCACCUACAAAAGGAGGUUUGCAGGGAAAUGGAGGCAAUGGCCCAGCUCCCAAAGGACACUCAGGAUGCUAUUCUCCACAAUAUCCUGGCCAGGCUCAAGGACCGAGAGGCUCUGCAGGACCUCAUGGACUUGUUGGAUCGGGGCCCCUCGGAUCAUCUGGACAGCUUUGGUGGUACCUUCCUAAGUGAGAUGCAAGAGGACUCAAGAAAUCUAUGGCUCAAGUUAAGACUGCACAUCAUUUCCCUCCUUAAAGCCAUCCCGGGGCUGAGUGACACCCAACACGAGCUACUGGCCUGGUCCAUAGAGAAGAGGAUCCUGCUCCAGCAGCGGGCGCUGGUGAAGAGCAUCCUGGAGCCCAACUUCAAGUACCCUUGGAACAUCCCCUUCACCCUGGCCCCCAAGCUCCUCACCCCGCUGCAGGUAGAGGGGUUGGCCGUCACCUUCAGCCUGCUGGAGGAGUGCAGCCUGAGGGUGGCUCCCGACAGCCCCAAGGGGACCUGAGACCUGGAGGCCAAGAAGCCCUUGUUCACCCUGUACGGGUCCCUCUCAGUGCCGCAGCAGCUGGCCAAGGCCUGA